AGUAGAGAAGGAAAUUUUGCCGGUUGCUUGUAAUCUCGUCCAAUUUUUUACCACUUCUACACAAUUUAAUAGCUUGAAUCUUUGCACAAAGCGUCCUCAGCCUUCCAGCUUGCAAUCAGUGUAUUUAUUUAAUGCGAAUACUUGGACACGCAAGAUAUUUUGGGAAUAGUUUGAACUGUGUUCUACGAAGCCGGGUUUGUAGUUCCAUAGUAAAAUUUUCUUCAAAUCCGAACAAUUAUUACGACAUGUCAAAUAAAAAUUUACCAAGCUGGCGCCAACCUGAAGGUCAUGGAGAAUUAAGAAUCUUCAACAGCCUGACAAGAGAGAAGAAUUUAUUUGUGCCUCAAAGUGGUAAGAGAGUGACAUGGUAUGGAUGUGGCCCUACAGUUUACGAUGCGUCGCACAUGGGACAUGCAAGGAGUUAUAUUACCUUUGAUAUCCUACGUCGAAUUCUUCAAUCCUAUUUUGGUUAUGAUGUCUUCUAUGUCAUGAAUAUUACAGAUAUUGAUGAUAAGAUUAUUCACAGGGCACGGCGAAACCAUUUGCUAGAAAAAUAUAUUGAGAAGCAAAACACACCAAAAACAGUUCUCACUGAUUUAGAGUCUGCCCUUCAACCCUAUAUCAUCAAAAUGGAAUCAACAACCGACGAGGACAAGAAGAAUAUGUUAACUAAAAUUAUUGCUCAAGUAAACACAAGCAAAGAAAAGUUGACCAAGCUAGUAUCUAGUGGAACAGCGUCUGCUGAUGAUAUCGAGACUGCUACUAAGGAUGUGUUGACAGAUGGCGCUGACCCACUGUCAGCCUGGCUGGACACAAAGUUUGGUUCAGACGUAACAGAUCACCACAUCUUUGCUAAASUGACACAAUACUGGGAAAACGAGUUCCACAAGGACAUGAAAUCAUUGAACGUACUGCCUGCCGAUUGCUUGACAAGAAUCACUCAAUAUGUCCCUGAAGUUGUUUCGUUCAUAGAAAAAGUUAUUGCCAAUGGCUAUGCGUAUGAAUCCAACUACUCUGUGUAUUUUGAUACGAUAAAGUUUGGUUCCAGCGARAAACACAGCUACGCUCGUCUUGUUCCAGAAGCUGUCGGUGAUCUCCAGGCACUAGCUGAAGGAGAGGGAGAGUUAAGUCAAAACCUUGGUGAAAAAAGAUCUGAUAGGGACUUUGCUUUGUGGAAGGCAAGCAAACCAGCAGAACCUGCAUGGGAUUCCCCCUGGGGAAAGGACUUCUUCCUCACGGUAAAAGACAUUCUUAGGAAACCAGAAGAAAUGUCACCCAGUUCCCACAAUUACAAGAAGCUCGAGAUGGAACUCCAACAAAAAUUUCAUGAAAGGAAAGAUGGUGUCCACCAGGCGCUGUGUGAUUCGAUUGACACUCCUGGAGCUCUGCGUCAAAUGCAAGACUUAGUCAAACUGUCCAACAUCUACAUUGGCAACAAGAAGCAAUUGAAUGAAUCACCAAAUCAUGAUUUACUGAAAGGAAUUGCUAAAUAUCUGACCAACAUGCUCCGAAUAUUUGGUGCUAAUGAAGGCGAACAAGAAAUUGGCUUUUCUGUAUCAGGGCAAUCAGCGACUGGAAAUCAUGAAGAAAUUGCCCUUCCUUAUGUUCAACUGCUGGCUGACUUCAGAGAAGAAAUCAGAGCAAUAGCCAGAGAAGAGAAAGUUCCAAGGAUACUAAAAGCCUGUGAUAACCUGAGGGAUGAGAGUCUACCUAACCUAGGAGUGAAGCUGGAAGACCAGGAAGGAAGCAGUAAAGCUGUAAUCAAGUUUGUUGAUCCUGAAGUCUUGAUGAAAGAACGUCAGCAACAACUAGAGGAACAAGAAAGUAAGAGGAAGCAAAAGGAAGAAGCUAAAAGAAAAUUGGAAGAAGAAAAAGCUGCCAAAGAAGCAAAGGCUAAAAUUGCGCCAUGGGAUAUGUUCAAGCAGGAAACUGAUAAGUACUCUAUCUUCGAUGAACAGGGUAUACCGACCCACGACGCCCAAGGGGAACCAAUAAGCGCCAAGCAAAUUAAAAAGCUUAAAAAGCUGUACCAACAACAGGAAAAACUCUACAACAGCAAGGGGCCUGGGGCCAGUAAAGAGAAUGGGUCCGCCAAUGGUGGAUCAUAAAAUUAUCACGUAACCGUUGGAUCAGGCGAGAUUAGGUGUGAUUAGGUGAGAUUUGGACCAGCAACAGGCCUGGCCAGAAGUUCAUAAUUAGAUCUAGUUAUGAACUUCUGGCCUGGAUGAGGUUAAAAGAAAACAGACCUCUUCACCUUGGGUUUAAUACUUUCCAUUUUCAGACCACAUGUCAUUCCCUUAAAUAUAAUUCCUUCGUUUAGCGAUUGCGUAGGAGAAGACAAGUGAAUGUGGAUGCAUCUCAAACGAAAAAUCUUAUUCUGAAGAGAAUGACACGUGUUUUGAAAUGGGGGAAACAUUACGCCCAAGGUAAAGUGGUCUAUUAGUGGCCAUUUAGUGAAAGUAGGUUGACCGUAGUGCUAGGAACAAUUCUUCUCUUCCUUCCGCAGUGGACACCAGAAACAAAAGAGUUAACCCUAACAAUAGGAUCAUCCUACCUAAAUGUAAACGACCUCUUUGAACAAAAUGCGUAUGACUCCAAAAAACCGUGCAUGACAGAGUUGUGAUUGCGUGACCUUUCAAGGCAUGGCCUCUCUAUGUUGGCCAAUAUCAAAAGAGCCGAUUCGAUAAUCUGCGGGGCAGGGUGACUACGAAUUAAACUUAAUCUUAAUAACCUAAAAAUAAAUUCUCAUUGACAUCAAAUCCUCAAAAAAAWUUUUUGGUUUCAAUAAAUCCCGAAUAUAGUUACUUA